AAAAUCAAAAACAAAUAACAAGCCAAAGCACGAGCAACACAGAGGAAAUUAUUGCGUCCAGUAGUAAGGAAAUAACAGCAAAAACAAACCAAGAAGUUAUAAAGAAUUUUAAUAAAAAGUUAUUGGAUUUUGCAAUAAACAGCCGUAACGAAAACAAAGAAAAAUAUUAUGGCGACGAAUUUAAUUCUAUGGAUAAGCAAACUCGUGGGGAUUUAUCAAGAUUUCGAUGGCUUAAAGAUUUAAUUAAUUACGAAAAAUAUAGCGAGUUAGAAGUUAUUAGAUUAGCCAAAAAAUUACAGAUUCAUGAAAGCGACGAAAAAUUGAGCGAAAUCUACGAGGAUGAGGCUGCCAGCACCAGCGAAGGCAAAGAAAUUAUUAAAGCCGAAAUCAGCCAAGAAUUAACCAAAGCCAAGGAUAUUUUUGAAAAUUUUAAGUUAAGCGAAGUUAGCCAGGAGGAAAUUCAGAAAAAAAUAGAAAGAAAAUGGGAAAAGUUGUAUCAAAGGCGUAUAUACAUAGCCAUCCCCACACAAAAAGGCGUAUUUGGAGGCGUUAAAAAGUUGGUGAAUAAUGCUAUUGGUGAUUUAGAAAAUCAAAGAAACAAAAUUGUUAAGAAAAUUAAUAAGUUAAUUGAUGCCCGUAAUGAAGAAGUAGCCGAAGCGAGAGAAGUCAUUAAAGCGUUGGAAAUUAUAAACCAAGAAGCUAAGAAUAAAAAUGUAGAUUUACAAGCCAAAAACAAAGACUUAAAUGAAAAGUCGGAUAGGAAAAUUAAGAACUUACAAGAGCAAAUUAAAGAGUUAAACGAGCAAUUGAAGGGAAUUCAAGAGCGGGAAGAAAAAUUAAAAGAGUUCAGAACAAAGCAAUUAGCGAGGGAAUUUGAAGAAAAGAACAAAGUUGGCGAAAAACGAAUUAAAGGUCUUACAAUGAGCCCAGAAGAAACAAUAAAAGAUUUAGAAAAAAGAUUAGAGGAAACAAA